CUCCAACAUCAUCACAUCUUCAGCAAAGGUUAUCUUUGAAUCAACAGUUCAGACAUCUCAAAAUGGCUUCUAUUCGCACUCUUACUACCUUUGCCCUGGCUCUUGGUGCCGCAGCCAACCCUGCGCCUGCUCCUCAGCCCGAAGCUGAAGCUGGCAUUGCUGACUCCAUCGGCCCCGUCGCAGUCAAGCUGGAACCUGUGUCAGUCUCUUUGACUCUUCCCAAUGUCGAGCUCCCAACCCCGCCUGCGGUCAACGCUGCCCGGGGCGUCCCCAACAUCGAUCUUCCGGUUCUUCCCACUACUCUCCUCUCUGUUCCGGCUCUCAACCUCCCCCGGGGACUCACGGCGCCGACUCUCGCGCCUCCUGCGCUCCCGGCUCUGCCCACCCUGUCUGUCGAUGUCGCCAUCCCAGCCUCCACCAUCUCACUGGCUAUCGAAGUCCCGGACCUUAACAUCCCCCGGGGACUCACGGCUCCGACUCUCGCACCUCCAGCGCUCCCAGCUCUGCCUACCCUUUCUGUUGAUGUCGCCGACCCGGCCUCCACUGUCUCAAUUGCCGUUGAGGUUCCGGAUCUGAACAUCCCUCGGGACCUCCCCAUCCUGUCGUCUAUUCUUUCACUCUCGGUCAAGGUUGAGGCCACCGGCCUUCCCGGUCUCCCCGCCGGCAACAUUCCCCGAGAGAUUCCGGCGCUUCCCUCCAUCAGCGUUGAGCUCCCCGUUCUGCCCUCGACUUCCAUAUCACUCCCGCUUCGCAGACACGCCCGGGACAUCUCGAUCGCCAACCCUCCCCUCCCUACCCUGCCAGCCGUUCAAGUUGCUCCUUACACUGUUGUUCUUCCCGGUGUCGUUGUCCCCAAUGUCCCCGGCGUUGUUGUUGGACGCGACAUUCCCGCCAUCACUGGCCUCCCAGUCGACGUUAGCCUGCCUACCAUUGCCCCCAAGCUGAACCUCGAGCGAGACCUCCCUGCUGUCGAUGCCAUGAUUCUCAGCUCUCUGCUCGCCAAUCUGCCCACUGCCACCCCCAAGGUCUUGGAGCGCGACUUGCCUAUCGAUGCUUCUUCGGUUCUCAGCAGCAUCCUCGCUACUCUGCCCAGUCCUCUCGCGAAGGUCAACUUGGAGCGCGACUUGCCCAUCGAUGCCUCUGCGGUCAUUAGCUCCCUGCUUGCCGCUCUGCCCACCCCUCCCUCGAAGCUGCUCGAGCGUGAGAUCGCCAUCCCGCUUCCCACCGUCGCUCACGUCACCUUCUCUCUCACUGACCCCGUCGUUCUCCCUGCUCCCGUCCUUCCUGCAGUUCCCCGCGACAUCGUCCCGACAUCCGUCGAUCGCCCUGUGGUCCCGACUCUGCCUGCCAUUCCUCCCGUCAACGUCAAGGGCGAGCCCAUCAACGCCAAAGUCCUGCCUCUUCGCGCCCUCCCGGUUCUUCCUAUCAACCCUACCACCUUGAUCUCAUUGAUCCCCGCCCCGACCGGAAUCCUCAGCUGCUCUACCGUCCAGUGCAUUCCUGACUACAUCUGCAAGGAGAAGAAUGGCGCACCCAUCUGCGUGCCCGCCUCUCCCCCUACGGUCCCUGUUGUCUAAACUCCCUGCUGUCGAUCCCGUCCCGUUGGAGACGGGCACCCGAUCUAGCAAGCCGGCACUCGCAAGCACACUAGCACUCGACGACAACCUAGUGAUAUCUUAAUAUCACAAAGCGAGGUAGCAAGUGGAAGACAUGUAUAGUAGACAGUGGCUUGAUUCCUC